AUUUUCCUCCAAAUAUUCCUUGAUUUGAUUUUGCAUGGAAUUAUCCAACUGGUGUGGAGAGACCUUCGAGCGAAUCACGACCUUAUCCGAAAUUUGGUCUUUGUUGAUUCCUCUGAGUCCACCCUCAUAUUUAAUUGAAUAAGCCACAAGUAAACAACGAUCGCGAUCUUUGCCCAAUAGGCGACCAACAGCGAGAUCGUGCCGAAGUUGAAAGUAAAGUAGAUUUAAAAAGAAGUCCGGCUUCAUUUCAAGCACAGGAUCAGCUGGGUAAAACUUGAUUCGUAACAUGAUUAUAUUAAAGCCCUUUGCUGCUUUUUCUUUAGCAAUUAAGCUAUUUAAAUCCAUCCAUUCGGGCAAUUCACCAGGAGGUUCAAUUAUAAGACCUAAAUAUUUGGCAAUCGAUAAUCCACCCAGUUCUGAAGCUAUUUGUUCAAUCAAAGUCUUGCAAGUAAUUCGAUAAUCGACAACAGCGUACAGUUUUGUCCCAUCAAAAAGUUGAAUAUCCACAUCGGUCGCUUCAUUUAGGCGCUCAUUUGAUGAAAGAUUAAACAAAUUAAAAAUUGAUCCUUUUCUGACUGAAUUUCUUUUAUUAUCAUCAGUAGAUAGAUCUAAACUUAUUUGCCUUGA